AUGGCCACGUUUGCCGCCCACGUGCUGAAGGGCCUACCACCGGGGUACGGGUUUCUUCGCCGCAAGCUCGACAUUGCCAGCCCUGACAUGACGGUGGAACGUGUGUGCAGCGAGGUGUUGAUGGAGGAGCAGCCUCUUUCCAUCGAACAGAGCUACAAGCAUAUCACCAGUGAUACAUCUGCUUUCUCGGGCGCGGUCUACACCAUCGUGGCUGCAACGGGGGUCAACAGGAAGGAAGAAAAGGGAGGAAGGGAGCAGACCGACAAGAAGAAGGAUGGCAAGCGGGAGAAGAAGCGAGGCCCCUUCAAGGGGCGCUGCUACAACUGCAAUGAGGAGGGGCACAUGAAUGUCAAGUGCCCCAACAAGGAGGAUGCAAUGCCCGCGGCGGUCGCGAACGUAGCUGAAGGAGAUGGGAAGGGCGUGGCGCUCACCGUCGCGUGUUCGGCUGCAAAGUUGCUGGCCGACAAUAAGGAUUUGUGGUUCCUUGACUCGGGAUGCUCCCAACACAUGAUUGGUCGCAAGGAGUGGUUCAUGGUGAUACGUGACUCACCUGCAAUGAAAUCCGUCAAAGGGUUUGAUGGUUCUAUGCAAGAAGUUGCCGGUGUUGGUGAGGUUUUGCUAGAGGGCACUAACGGCUUGCGCGUGACCCUGCAUGAUGUCCUCUUUGUGCCAGGAAUGAAGGCCAACUUGGUCUCCCCUGGGCAGCUCAUGGACAAAGGAGCAAAUCUGCAAACCGAAGAAGGUGUCACUCACAUUAUCUCAUCGGGAGGACAAGUGGCUGCAACGGCACGCUACCAUCAUCGUCUUCUCUGCCUUGACCUGAAACCGUGGCCAGCAAGCAACGGCACAACGGCUGUAGCGGCAUGCAACGGCACGAUGGCUGCAGCGGCAUGCAACGGCACAGUGGCUUCAGCGGCAUGCAAUGGCACGACGACUGUAGAGGCAUGCAACGGCACAGCGGCUGGAGCGGCAAGCAACGGCACGAUGGCUACAGUGACAUGCAAUGGCAUGACUAAGGUGGUUGUUGAAGUGGCGUCAAGCAAGCUGGAAACGAAGGACGGAGCGGCCAGCCUCAAGACAUAUGCGGUGGGCUCCAAGGCAACGUUCAACCAGUGGCAAGCUUGCCUUGGACACGUCCACUUCGAUGCGGUGAAGCGGACUGCCACGAGCGGUGGCGUGUUAGGCAUGGACCUGGAGAAAGGAGCAAGGCACCCUUUGCACCUCUUCCUCUUCGGUCCACUCUUCAUUGCUGAUUCGGCGCCCAUGGGACCAGAGGACGGUCCCCUUGAGGACGGAGGUGACACGGCUGAUCAUAAGGAGGAACGAGAGGUACUAGUGGAUGAGCAGCCAUCGGCGGCCCAUGAGCAUGAGCCUUCACAUGCAGUCCCCCCUAUCCAGCCCACUCCAACACCCCCACGUCGCUCCAGCAGGCCCAACAAGGGGGUGCCACCCAUACGGUUUCAGCCAUCAGCCAUGACGGCCUAG